AUGAAGGCUCCUGGUCGAAAGAUUUUGAGUGAUCCUAUCAGAAAUGAAAUUGAUUUUAAACUUCACCCGCUAGCUACGCAACAAACAAAAAAUGAUCAGAUGGUCCGCUUCCAGUGUAAUAAG